AUGGAAGACAAUGAGAGGGAUGAGAGGGAGCCAGAAGCCAAGCAGCCUGAUUCCUCACAGCCAGAAGACAAGCAGCCUGAUUCCUCACAGCCAGAAGACAAGCAGCCUGAUUCCUCACAGCCAGAAGACAAACAGCCUGAUUCCUCACAGCCAGAAGACAAGCAGCCUGAUUCCUCACAGCCAGAAGCCAAGCAGCCUGAUUCCUCACAGCCAGAAGCCAAGCAGCCUGAUUCCUCACAGCCAGAAGACAAGCAGCCUGAUUCCUCACAGCCAGAAGACAAGCAGCCUGAUUCCUCACAGCCAGAAGACAAACAGCCUGAUUCCUCACAGCCAGAAGACAAGCAGCCUGAUUCCUCACAGCCAGAAGCCAAGCAGCCUGAUUCCUCACAGCCAGAAGACAAACAGCCUGAUUCCUCACAGCCAGAAGACAAGCAGCCUGAUUCCUCACAGCCAGAAGCCAAGCAGCCUGAUUCCUCACAGCCAGAAGACAAACAGCCUGAUUCCUCACAGCCAGAAGACAAACAGCCUGAUUCCUCACAGCCAGAAGACAAACAGCCUGAUUCCUCACAGCCAGAAGCCAAACAGCCUGAUUCCUCACAGCCAGAAGCCAAGCAGCCUGAUUCCUCACAGCCAGAAGACAAACAGCCUGAUUCCUCACAGCCAGAAGACAAGCAGCCUGAUUCCUCACAGCCAGAAGACAAACAGCCUGAUUCCUCACAGCCAGAAUACAAACAGCCUGAUUCCUCACAGCCAGAAGACAAACAGCCUGAUUCCUCACAGCCAGAAGCCAAGCAGCCUGAUUCAUCACAGCCAGAAGACAAACAGCCUGAUUCCUCACAGCCAGAAGCCAAGCAGCCUGAUUCCUCACAGCCAGAAGACAAACAGCCUGAUUCCUCACAGCCAGAAGCCAAGCAGCCUGAUUCCUCACAGCCAGAAGACAAACAGCCUGAUUCCUCACAGCCAGAAGACAAGCAGCCUGAUUCCUCACAGCCAGAAGCCAAACAGCCUGAUUCCUCACAGCCAGAAGACAAACAGCCUGAUUCCUCACAGCCAGAAGCCAAGCAGCCUGAUUCCUCACAGCCAGAAGACAAACAGCCUGAUUCCUCACAGCCAGAAGACAAACAGCCUGAUUCCUCACAGCCAGAAGCCAAGCAGCCUGAUUCCUCACAGCCAGAAGACAAACAGCCUGAUUCCUCACAGCCAGAAGACAAACAGCCUGAUUCCUCACAGCCAGAAGACAAAUAG